AUGCCAUCCUCGACGACAGCCUCGCAAACAGAGCUUCAGGAGGCCCGCGUUCCUCUCGCGUGGCGGGACCAGUGCUCAGCUCUGUUGAUCCCCUUGAACGUCUGUAGGAAGGACAACUACUACCUCCCGUGGGAAUGCACGAACGAGCGGCAUGCGUAUGAAAAGUGCCAAUACGACGAUUACAUGCGCCGGAUGAAGCGAUUGGCGAAGCAGAAGGCGGCCGCGCUGGCGGAGGACGAGUAG